CGUCACCACGGUUACACGGGGAAAACGACAGAGAGCUCGUCUGAGACAGGAAAGUUCUGCGUGAAAAAGAGGAGUCAGUGUUUGACCGAUUGACCAAAAUGAGUGAAUCCAUCACUCGCACCGUUCUUAAGAAAAGAUGCUCAAACAAAGUUGUGAGGCGAGAACGUGUUUACGACCAUUUGUACGAUCCACUUUACACGGUGUCAUCAGAGGUGGACCACGUCAGGUCCGGACUGAAGGCCUACAUGUCAAAGGAGCGACUGCGGAGAGUUCCUGAGUUUGGCUCAAUGUUCAGUAACUUGGUCCACCACCCAUCCUACACUGUUCAGCUGGAGCCUGCAGACCCUGUACCGCCAUCUAUUGACCGUCGCUGGCGAGGCCACACAGAGCAGCGCAGAGAGGCCCUGCAGCAGCUGGCUGGGGUCGGUCCACAUACUCCUGCGCGGUCCAAAGGGAAGGAGUGUGAUGUGACUGGAGUAGAUCGAUGGAGAUACUUUAAACGCCCUUUAAUUCCCUCUGCACAGCAGCUUCUCCCUGGUGUGAUUUUUGCUUUGCCAAAAGAAGACUUUGUCACAGCCGGUGGGAAAGAUGUCAAACAGCAGACACAUUUCACAGUGGGAGUCCAGACAGACUACAGGGAGAGUGAGGCACAGACAGACCCAUACAGCCCAGAGUAUGUGAUACGACCUGGGAUGACCCCACCAGAGCUCCUGCACCUGGCAUCUUUGACAUGGGGUCGUGGUCUGCCUGCUGGCCUAGCAGAGGUGCAGCUGAUCGAGCGUGUACGUACCAGACGAGCCUGGGAGGCCAGCCUUCCUCCACUGGAUGACCUGAGUCAGCUGGACAAGAGGAGGCGUAUGAUGGAGGAGAUGGAGGCUAAAGAGUGGGCUUUCAGAGAAGAAGAAAUCCACAAACUGAAGGAGACCCGUCUUGCAGUGCUGAAGGACCUGCUGAGGCAGAGAGACGAGGUCCAGAAUGAGGCCACAAAGGACAGACUGAGCCAAAUAUAUUUAAAGCAUCAAAAAGACAAGGAGACGAAGCUGCAGAAGAUCCGCGAUGACUACAACAGGUCCCUGAGGAAAGUGGAGGCUACGAGGAGGAAUGUGUUGGGGAAGCUAGAGCGACGUGUCAAAGACUACACAGACACACAGACCUACAGGGGCACGCUUACCAGGAGCAUCCAAAGCCACUACUUAGACACAUACGAAGGCUUGUUGGAGCUGGAGGCCGGAAUGUCUGACUCCAGCUUCAACCACCGUGCGAAGAAACCCAAACCCAGAGUUAGCACCGCCAAGGAUGCGACCAUGUCGCCUGUGAACGGAGCAGUGACACUGAUGAACACAUACAAGGCUCUGAGGGCGGAGGAGAACAAGCGAGUGACGACAACACCGCCGUCGCGUUUUCUCAUCAAGAAGGAGAAGCCUGUCCCUCGUCCACUCACUCCCAGAGUGGAGGAGCCACCAGAGGGGGAGGAGGAGAUGGAGCUGGCGGUCAUUCACUUCCAGAAACUACUGAGAGGAAGAAGUAUCCAGUGUGAGAUGUUUACGGGGAAGGAAAACCACAUGGAGCUUAUCCAGGAACUGAGAAGCACCCACGCUCUGCAGACGGAAGAGCAGGAGCUACUGAACGCCGACAAAGACCUUGUUAUUGCUCUGAAAAAGCAGAGAGACAAACAUCUACACAAGGUCUCUGAGGAGGAGGCGUCCCAGGCCGGAGCAGUAGGUGCAGAGCUCGAACACCUGUUUGACACUUUGUCCAAGGAGCUGGUACGUCUGCGGGAAGAGCGCAGGAUCCAUGCGUUUACAAUCAUCGCCGAGAGAGACCGUCGCCUUCGAGAAGCCGAGGAGAGCGGACGGAGACAGGUGGAGGAGCAAAGACGCAGGGAGGAGGACGAGGUCUUCAGACAAGUGGUGCAGGUCCACCAGGAAACAGUAGAUUUGUAUUUGGAGGACAUUAUCCUGGCGUGCAUGGAGCAGACAGCUGACCAGCAGGCCAGAGAGGAGAUCCACAGGAAGGCGAAAGAGGUCAACGACAUCGCUUACGCCGCGGAGGAGAGCCGGAACAACCUGCAGUCUGAGGAGGUCGUGUCAGAGUUGGUGUACAGUUUCCUAAUCCCAGAGGUGGAGAAGAUCAGUGUCAGAAAACAAGUGCAAUUCAGGCAGCAAAGACACUUGCAGGCAGCUCGGAGCAUCAUUAAUGGUACAGCAGGGGAUUCUGGGAUACAUCCUGCCACCCCAAGGGCCUCGCAGUUGACCCGUCCGUCUGAAAAGGACUCCAACCGAGUCCUUGAAGAGAGAACCAGCCAUGUAGAAGCAGAGCAGCAACUCAAUCAAACACAGUGACAAAAAGGUCUAAAAGUACAGGAUGAGACACAGUGUGACAACAUUUAGUUCCUAAUUAAAUUAUGAAAUUAUAUUUCAUAAUCAUAAUUUUCUUUCUUUUUCAACCUUGAAGUAUCUAUUGUUCCUGCCUUGUCUGUAGCUCCUGCUCUGUGACCCUGCAGAUAAACGCUGUACUAAUAAAGUUAAAUAGUCAGUGACGACAGUAAUGUAUGAAAACGAAAGAAGUAACACACACACAACAGAGACACAGGCAUAUUUAUAAAAAAAAAGUUUUAAUUCAAUUUUUUUAAAUCAAAGGCAAUAACUGAAAUGUGUCCGAUUCAUACCGCGUUCCGUGACAACGACGAUAAACCGUUGUCUUCCGUUGGUAACAAACAUAGCAGAGAGAACGACGACGACAACAACAACAUAACAAACCCGGCAAUACAAAGAACAUCCAUUAUAAAUUAAAAUAAACUGCUUUAAUGCACAAACAAGCAAGUAUAUUAUCAUUGAGAAUAAGUAAGCCUGUAUAUAACUGUGAGCCGUGCUGUGACAAGAGAACAGAUGGGGAUUUCAACCCUGGAGAUUUUUCAGCACCAUGUUCAUCCUUGUUCCACUGGGAGACUAAUAAGCAUGGUGCUAAAAUUAAUUAAUUCUUUUUUUUUUACUACUAAAAACAGAUCGGGAUUUUUAUCUGACAUCUGGUCCUGACUCAGAUCCACCUCCAACUGAUUUUUCUGGACCAGAUGCAUGUGAGAAUCCCGACCUAACGAACAGAUCCCACAUUUAUAACAUGCUGUAACCGGAUGAAACUCAACCAUGGGCGGAAACGGUCACUGUGGCGGACGAGCAUCACGUCCUGUUAAGAUUAACAAGGCUUGUUUAAACACACACACACGCACAUACUGCGACCAGAAGAGUGUUUUCGUAUAUAUAUAUUUGUCUUCAACAACAUUGUCAGAAGGAAAGACGCAACAAAGCGCUGAUUCAAAGAGCAGCGGAAGGACACGAUGAUGCAACCUGGGCAGAAAUACAUGCGGAGGGAAAACAGCUUGCUUUAUAUUUAACCUUUCUCCAGUUUGAAUGCAUUUACUGGUACAACAUUUUCAUCUUGGGACUAUUAUGUAGAUGAAACACAUGGGGAAAAUAUGGACAAGAGUGUUACAGAAACUGGAAAAAGGCCUUUUUUAAAGCAACAUGUUUAAAAAAAAUUGAAUCAACUAAAAAAAAAACAAAAAAAACCCAGAAAAGUUCAAGUCAGGUGUAAGAGACUGAGUAUGAGUCUCAUUUAGGAUGAAUC